AUGAAAGUUCUCAUUGUUCUUCUCCUGGUCGCAGCAGCAGUUGAAAGCAUUACUGCUCAAAGUCCAAGUGACUGCAACUUGCCGAAGGAAACUGGUCCAUGCUUUGGAUACUUCCCUCGAUACUACUAUGACCCAAAAACUAAUACUUGCAAGAAGUUUAUUUAUGGAGGAUGUGGAGGAAAUAGGAACAAUUUCUGGACCCAAGAAGAAUGCCAGGACAAAUGUAGAGUAAUAUGCGAAGAAAAUGCUCAGUAUGAAAGUUGUGGAACGUUAUGUCCUCUGACAUGUGAAAAUUAUGAAAAUCCUCCCCAAGCCUGUGCUGCUGUGUGUGUACAGGGUUGCCAGUGCAAAAAGGGCUUUGUUAGAACAGAGAAUGGAGGUUGUGUGAAACCGGAAGAGUGUCCCGGAACAGGAAACCCUACUCUGAGAGAUUGCGACAAGCUUCCAGAAACUGGUCCAUGUAAAGCAUACGUCCCUCGAUACUACUACGACCGAUUCACUGACACGUGUAGUCUUUUUAUUUAUGGAGGAUGCGGUGGAAACAAAAACAACUUCAAGACUGAAGAAGAAUGUUACCAGAAAUGUAGAGUACAAUGCGAAGAAAAUGCUCAUUACGAAGAUUGCGGAACGGCGUGUCCACUGACAUGUGAGAAUUAUAACAAUCCUCCCGAAUUUUGCCCUGCGAUAUGUCUCUCAGGUUGUCAGUGCGACGAGGGGUUUGUCCAAACAGAAAGUGGAAGGUGCGUGAAACCCGAAGAUUGCCCCGUAAAAUGCAACGGAAUUACAAUUCAAACUUCAACUGGGGAAGAAAUUUCUACUCCAAUUGCACAGUCUUGCAAUAAAAAUGUUGAAACAGUGAAAAUUGUUGAUGAACCGUAUGCUUAUACAAAUAUGACCGAAUUAGAAAAUAGUGACAGAAAUGACAAUAACGGAAACGAGAGUGUAAAUGAUCCUGGUUUAUAG